GUGUUAUUCGUCAAAAAACCCACACAACGACGGUCAUUUUUUCGCCGUGCUAUUGUAAAAUUGUCUUUUAUCUGUGUUUUGUGUUCCGGGGGACCCCGACUCCAGAAUGUGAAAGUUUCCCGCGUGAAGCCGUGGAGCUCGAGAUCCUGUUUACUGUGGACUAGCUGUGUGUGACGCCUUGUUGUUUUUGUUUCCAUUACAAAAAAAAAGCUCCACCGUCUCGCCGAGUGCCAGCAAGAGUCAUGAGUACUUGUCAACUCGACUCCUCAACUGGAGAUAACUUUCUAGCACCUCACCAUGGGGAAGGAUGUAUUCAUAUGCCUUCACCAGCACAUGCAUUAAACAUGCAGAGAGUUACACAAGUUCUUACCACCUUGGGGCACCAUUCAGGGUGCCUUUUCAUCUGAUUAAAUUUAUAAUGAACAGGGACAUUGCGGUUGUCCCAAGUGGAUGGUAUGAUGAUAGGAUGGUUUUCUGGCCCAGCUAUAAAAACACCGACAGAAUUGAAAGGGCCGCUUUAAAUGAGGAGCAGCAUGAGCCAAACUGGCCAAGAUUUGACGUUUCUGUUGUCCGAACUUGUGACAACUACAAAGACGCAUUAAAAAUAAUGCAACAAUAUGGAAAGGGCUGCAACACCUCAGACCUGCAAUCUGAGGCAGAGAACGAGGAGCUGCCAGAAAAAAGGAACAGGAAGCCAGUCCAUCGUCUCGGGGACUCAGAUGAUAGCGAAGAAGACCCGGAAAAUAGUGACCUCACCUCUCUGGGGUUGGCAAGCCAAUUGCACAGGCAGACUCCACCGUCUCGCCGAGUGCCAGCAAGAGUCAUGAGUACUUGUCAACUCGAUUCCUCAACUGGAGAUAACUUUCUAGCACCUCACCAUGGGGAAGGACGCAUUCAUAUGCCUUCACCAGCACCUGCAUUAAACAUGCAGAGAGUUACACAAGGAACGGCAGUCCCUCCUCGACUCCCUCCACCCCCCUCACCAGCAGCCCUCAACAUGUGGCAGACAGAGGAGCCUGGAUCCAGCCUGGCCUACAGGCCAACAUGGCGAGGGGAAAGAAUGGCCGACAACAUUUCCUGCUCUGGUGAGCAAUAACUGACAAAUACCGGAUGGUCAUUCUGUGCCACAAAUUUUGGAAAAAAUUCAAAUUCACAAGCAAUCACAUAUUUUCUUCAAACUUUGUCAAUAACUUUUGUCAUUAACUAAGGUCAAUAGCUAAUGUCAGGAUUAUGAGU